AUGGGGUGGGCGCACGCGGCAGUGGCCAUGGAGGAGGUGCUCGGCCUGGUGCGGGGUUUCGUCGACGUCCUCGUCCUCGCCGGCGGCCGCACCUCGUCCGGCGCCGCCGCCACUUGGAGCUCCGACGAGGUUAAGAAGGCCCUCCGGUGGGCUCUCUUCUUCGAGGAGGUUUUCAAGGACCUGCGUGUAUCAGGCCAUUACGAGGAUUCUGCAGGAGAACUCGAUGCAGCCCUCGUUGAGCUCACUUCAAGUCCGGAGUUUCCGAAGGGUCUUGCUGUUAUGCGGUCGAAAACCCUUUCCACUGCAAGGGUAUUGGUUAUACGACAUUUUCUGAAAGCAAGAGCAAUGUGUGUGGAAAAUCUUGGUGCUCUUCUUGAAGCAGUUGUUGAGAUGGAUACUGAUGUCAUUUGUGCUAGUGGUGUGCGCAAUGCAUGCCAAGAGUAUGCUAAGUCAAUAUUGGUUAUGAAUUCUUUAUCUUUUACACAGAGCAGCAAUGCUCGUGAUGUUGGGCUUCCCGCUAGUUCUGAUGAACUGUAUGCAGAAUCCAUGGGCCAUUCGCAGAUUCUAGUUAAAGAAUUUUUGGAAGGGCUGGAUUCGGCAUCAUGUUCUUAUUUGUCUGAGAGAGGACUGGGAACACUUCUGAACAGUGUAAAAAAGAACAGCUUUGAUGAUGCAAGUAAUAAGCUGUGCACCCCAGCAAUACCGAAAACAUCUCGAAUGGUUGAUGAGUUUCUCAUGUGGAAGCAAUGGAGAGCAAAGUGCUUGGCAUAUCUGCUUGAUGAUAGAACCAUUCGGAUCAUGUCUGGAGCUAGUUUGAUUUUUAAAGCUCCCAAAGAGCAGUGGAUGAAAGUGUUUGAGCCCUUAAAAGGUUUUGAAGAAUCUAGUCAAAAUGGUCUUGUCGAAAUCAUGGAGCUAUGUUUUCUGGGUUUGAUUUCAAGGCAAUGGAAUCCAAUGAUAGAGGGCUUCAUGACACACACUUUCUGUUUAGUUCCUAUAUCCAAGCAGUAUGCUGAUCUGCACCAGUUGCUUCAGGGAACUUCUCAGGACAAAUGCCAAGACAAACUUCUUGACUUGCAGGAAGAGGAUAUUCUUGAGUAUGCAAGUCAGUCAUUACGAAGUAAACCCUCCAUAUUAUGGCUUCUACCUCCAGUUCUUACCGCUGCAGCAGUACCACCACGGUCAACCAUGUUCCAGAUAUACCUUGCUCAAAUAGAUAGACAAUUUCAUGAAGCUGCUCCUGCAGAUCGAAAGUGUUGCUGCAGAGGAGAUGGAAUAGAGCAGCAUCAUAACUGUGAGAUUACUGAGAGGAUUCGAUGUCUCUACACAUUCCAUAUUCAACAACCUCAUCUAACUGUGCCAUAGUGACAGUAGUUAUAGUUCAAGAUUAUGCUGAAUAUUAGCAAUGUGUGCGUCAAAUCUGAUGGUUCAUUUUUAAAUGAGUGCCUGAUUUCCAAGCUCACUGCAAAUAGUAUUUCACAUGUAUGGCUGUGAUUGUCUGAACAGCAGAAAAUCAAUUGGUUUCGCCUUUCUGCUUGAUGGGACAGUUGAACUGAAAGAGAUACCGAUUAUGGCUGUUGCUUAUAUGUAGAUCUGGGGAUUGAAGGAAUUCUUGCUCCUCUUUUCCGUUUUCAAU